AUUGUUCCGUGGUGCCAUCAGAAGACCAACAACCAUGACUUCUUCAAGCAGUGCAGUUAUCUUGGAAAAUGUUCGGAAUGGAAAAUUCCAAAACAUCGAUAAAGAAGUUCAGGCCUACAUUGAACCCACUAUGAAUGAACAUGCAUCACAAAAAAUACAAAAAACUAUUGGGUUCUUCUGCAUACAAUUCCUACACAGUAGUGUAGGCCAUCUUAACACUGCGAAGGAUGGCUUUAGCAGUCUUCUUGUAGCAAUACAUAUUGCAUACAGUUGCAUCAAGAACAACAAUGAACACAUUCCAGUUAAAGAUCCUGUUAUGUUGCACAAAGUUCUUUUCCACAUUAUCAAAAAUUUGAAGGAACAGAAUCUUAUAGAAGAAGUUAAGAGAGUGGCUGACUACUUGUUGCAUGAAGUCGAUUGCCUAGAUGGCGAAACUAAAAAACAAGUUGACGUCAUCUGUAAUAAUAGCUACAUCAUAUUGUGGAACAGUGCCAUACAACAAGAGGAGAUACAGAAAACUGAUACAGAUAAAGACAAUAGAGAUCCUGUUCUAAUGCUACAAUUGAGAACAAAAGCGCUCAAAUUCUGGAUGCUCUCUCAUAAUUCAAAUGAUGACACUCUUAUAGAGAAGGCAAAGGUUGCUGUACAACGAUUUGAUAAGACAUUGCAGGAAAAAUACCCCAAUAAUCAAAAUCUCCCACCUGAAGUUUUAACUGCUCACAAAGAAUUUAUAGAUGGCGUUUGCCAACUUACAACUUCUCUGUCGGAGAACUAUGGUGAAACAGAUAAAGUCUCCGGGAUACUUGGUGAAUUUUUCAUAUUUAACUUGACACUCAGAUUUGUUGCUAGGCAGCCACCAUUUAAGAAAAACAUACAAGACAAAUUGAAUGGUGUUUCAUCAAAAGUUGAUUGUGAUGUAAAAUUGAAUGAAGGGUGUGUGAAGUUGAUAGAUUUCUCCUCAAAAUUUCCAACAUUGUUAUCUACCGGAGAUAUAGCACAUCCAGAUAUUGUGAAUGAUAUAAAUGAUUAUAAUGCUUACUUUAAAACACUGAUCUCAGGAGCCCAAACGAUUCCACAUCAACUCAACAUGAUAGUUGACAGCUACAAGAUUUUUUACAACCAUCUAGAAACACACAUAAACAAAAAACAAACAGUGUCCCCAGGUAUGACCGACCUUCUAGAUUCAAUGCUAGUCACAUUCGGAAUGCUAUAUGAAAAACUACAAAAUCAGAAACUCUCUAGUGAUGAUUGUAAUGCCCAAGUGGAUGAGAGAAGGACCCAGCAAAUCUAUAGCCAUGUCGUGAGACAGAUAGAUGCGCUUGAGUUGAGAUUCCAACUUGCAUCAUUGCAGUACACCACAAAAGAUGCGUCAACUUUAUACAACCUAUGCUCUACCUUAUUAGAGGCACACUGUCUCCUUAUAGACAACAACAAACAGAGGCAUCCCACAUUGGCCAAGGAAUACUGCAAUUUAGCCUCUGCCAUCAAUCAGUUUGGUAGAAUGGUGCAUAGUAAAGAUCCAUGCCCUGAAAACAUCAAGUUCUGCCUGUUGGCACUGCAAUAUUACAAGAAGUGGGUCUAUGCUGAACCAAAUGAAGUCCAAACCAGAAUAACAAAGGUUGGGUUAUGGGGAAGGUAUGAAGCUGUUGUAGACGCCUACAGGAGAAGUGGUUGCUAUGGUGAUGCUGUCACCACAUUUCUCGAAGGCGUAGAAGCUGACAGUCGACAGAUACAUGAAAUCGCAGAAUCUUGGGCCAAGAUAAAGCGAGAUUCGUCAAAAUCAGAAAAAUUUUCUCACCUUAUAUCAAAGACCCUCCUAGAUGUACUUGAGGAAGGGAACAUCAAAGUUGCUCAUGACUCCUGCACUGUACUGGAACAGGACUUCAAUGCAAUGAAGAAAUAUUGCCCUAAGAGGUAUGAGAGUCAGUAUGCGGUGGUUGCAUCCCUCUUGAAGAUUUGUACAGACAAACAGAAGAAGGCGCAUGUACUCACUGAGUUAGCAGGCUUGUUGUGGAGUGCAGGGGGAAAGACAAAAGAAUGGGGGAUAGAUAGGACUGCAAUAGAAUGCUGUGAGGAGGCGGUAGGACUACUAGAGGGUCUCUAUAAGAAAGUGAAAUCUCCCCAACCCCAGCUGUGUGAUGAUUUGGCCAAAUCUCUCUACUGGCUGUACCUCACCAAGUCACAUCAGAUGAAACAAGAGAUUGUUGAUGUGAAGCCAGCGAAACAAUCACAUGCUUCCGACCCUAUAAAUGAUGAUGCCCUAGAUAACCCAGAGAUGUCUUCCCUCUCAGGGGACUUUUUCACCAUCAGUGAGGAGCACCUGGUCAUGGCUCCCCUCAACCGAGCCCUUGAUAUAUGGGAAAUUUGUAUAACAAAGAAAGGUUGCACCAAAGAGAAUUUUCGUAAUAUUCAACAGACCAUUGCAUCGCUGAAAGCCAUGGCUGACAUCUAUAAACUAACAAACAAGCCUACCCAUGAGCUCAGAACUCUAUGUCUGCUGAAAAAGGCUUCAUUGCUAGGCAAGAGCUGGCAAAAGUAUGCGGACUGCCUGGCUAGCCUAGUGCUCCUAUGUUGUAGCCAGGGCAGGCUGCAAACUGCACUGACCAACAUGGAACUGGCCAAAACAGUCCUUGAAGACCACCCAGAGGUGCAAUGUUACCAGAUAUGGUUAGCUGAGGCAGAAUACUACAUGCUUACUGACAAGAUUGAGGAGGGGUACCAAGUUCUACAGAAUACAGUGAAACACAAAGAGACCAAUAUGCCAGAGAAGACAAAGGAGAGAUACCUGCUUGAUGGUGCCAUACAGAGGCUGCUAUCCCGCUACGCAACCCUGACCCCCCACAAACUUAAUGUCUCACCCAAGAUUGGAGACAAUGCUCUAGAUUUUGCUUUUGAAGCUGUGAGGUCCAACUCAGCAGUUGUGAAUUUUGUAGUGAAGGGCAUCUCUUCUCAGCAGCCUGAUAUGAGUUUUACUCAAGCUGAAAACAGUAGUUCUCAAUGGCAUGUAGUUUGUGAGCUGUUGGCUUCUUUACAACAUCUUGUUCAUAUCUACAUCACCCUAGGUCUCCCCAAAGAAGCUCUUUUCUUUUCCAAGGAGGCUCUGAAGUAUGCUAAAGCAUUCAAUAUUCCUCGCAGGAUAGCGGAAAUAAAGUUGCUGAGUGCCCGUGUGCUGUACCUUAGUGACAAGUUCACAGAUAGCAAUGCUGACCUCAAUGUCGUCAAGUAUGUUCUAGGCUCACAGAUCAACAAAUCAAACAAGAAGUUGAAGAAUAACAAAAACAUCAAACAGCAACUGAAGAAAGAACUAGAUGAUAUUUGUAGCGAAGAUGAAGAUUUUAUUCAGUCAAAAAAACUGAAUGAAGAGGAAGGGCCUUGGAUGAAAAAUAAAAAUUUGGUAGCUUCGCCAAAACUUUUAAACAAAACAAAAGUGUUACCUGACUAUGCUGAGCAUACUACUAAGUGUACUUGUGAGUUAUGUUCUGAUAUAGGACUCCAUCACUUGACCCUGCAGUCCCUGAUUUGCAAUGUGGAGACCCUGUUCCUGCAGGAUGUUGAAACCAAAGAACCUCUUGCAAUGGCUUUCCAGUUUUAUAACAUUAUCAAAACUAGAGAUCAAGAAUUGCCUAAGAUAUUAUCGAUAGAUUGCAGUACAUCAAACAAAACUGAUAAAUUUGAGGUGAACAGCAUUGACUAUACACCUGAGCUUAUAUCACUGCACAACAUAGCUGCUAAAAUAUCCCUUGAGGAGUUAGACUAUGAUGCUGUUCAUGUGCACACAAAGAAAGGACUUGAAUUACUUAAUACAGUCGACAACCCAGAGAGAGUCGAGAUUGCUAACAAUCUAGAGGCAGAACUCAUGUAUACAAAUGCUUUGGUAGAUCUUCAGAAAGUUCUAUGUGAGACUGACUUUGAAAAUCUAGAAGAACACAUUGAGAGUGUCUAUUUAGGGGAAAAACAAAGCAUACAGGAACAACUUGUUGCAGAUUUUGAAAAAAUUAACCUCGAUUGGAAACAAAAUCAAAAUGACCAGUGUGCCAAUAAAAUUAAGGAGGGAGAUGGUAAAACAUUGGGAGAUAGAAAUGUGAAAUCAUUGGAUGUCCAACCCUGUGCUGUUUCAUCUUUCAAGACACCAGCUAGGAAGAUCCCAUCUAGAUCAACAAUAAGAAAGCCCAGGGUAAUGGAAUUAAAGGAAGAAUUGGGUAUUGACAGCCCCAUACCCUUUGAAACCCCACAAGCCAGUUUGGAAAUUCCAAAUAGUGUUAAGUCAAAGAAGCGUGGAGGACGUCCUAAAUCUGGUACAACUAUUAAGAAAAAUGAUGUGUCUUUUCUAACUCCAACAAAAAACCCAUUUAGUACAAUCACUGCUUCAAUGAAAAAACCAAGCAUUAAAAUCUAUCAUGAUGAAGAUGAAGAGAACAACCCUAGGCUGGCAAUGAAGACUCCUGUAGCUCAGAACAUGACGCCCAAGACUCCUAGCUGUGCAAGCAGUCGUAAGACCAUGUUAGAUGAACUCCUUAACAGUGAUAGUGAAGAUGAAUUACUAAAGACUAAAAAGGGAGCAAAAGGCAGAGGAAAUGCUGUGAAACCAAAAGCUAAAUCAACAGUAAGACGUGGACGAAAGAGCACCAAACAAGAAGAUGCUGAAAAUAACACAAUCGUUACACAAUCCACAACCAAGGUUCAGCGUAACUCAAGGCUGCUCCAAACUAUCAAUGCUGAUCUGACUCCUACAAGUAGCCCCGUUUCGAAAUUAUUCAAACCAGGAGCUCUUACACCAUCAAAAAUACCAAUAUUCUCAACACCCGAGAAAUCUGAUAAUGUUUAUGAUUUCCCUUACUCUGCUGAGAAACCCAAAGGCAAGAAGAAAGCAGUUCGAGCCACAAAAACUAAGAAACCAAUCAAGCUUGUAGAAACUACAGAUAUUGUUAACAGAAAAGAUGACAAACUUAAAGCUGCAAUUGCAGAGUUUAAUGAUGUUGACAUGCAUGAUUUUAUAAUUGAAGAUGAACCCGCGAUAAAACGUGUGAAGGCUGUACGAGCACCAAGGAUGACACGAUCUAAAGCGGGUCGGGCAGAAGAUAACAGGGAGAUUUUAGAUGGUGACAUCCAUGUUGAUUUGAAUGAAUCCCUGUGUAUUCCUGAGGAGGAAAUUACUAGCCCUGUAGCUUCACACCAGGCCCAGAAAGAACAAUCUCCAAAUAAUCACUCAUUUGUAGAGGAAGUCACUACGGAACAAGCGCAAUUUGUCCAUAUAGAACACAUGCGUGGAGAUGCACCUGAUAACCUUCAAGAUGACAAUCUCAACCCAGUGAGUCCUUUAUCUCUUCCACCAGAUCAAAAUCUUGAUGAUUCCACCGAAACACUAAGAGCUGAUGAUGACUCUGACACAGAGAACACAAAGCCAAGAGCAAGGAAAAAGCGUGGACCAAAAGCGAAAAAAUCCACUGGGAAAAAGGAAGUGGAGCGUGGUGCUAACCUAGAAGAAAAUGGUUCAUGUGAGACACCAGAGAAGAUACCAAGAGGGAGGAAUGCAUCCAAGAAGAAUCAGAAAUCUGCUGCUGAUAAAAGAAAGCCUAAUUCAACUGUAAUCAAUGUGCCUGGGAUGAAGGAGUUGUUUACAAAGAUACAAGGUGAUCCACCCUCUGUGCUAUACAAUCGAGUUUGCCAUAUUCUUGCCCUGGCCUCCCUGGAUCAGCCCUCUCAGGCAGCAUACUACCUUACUGAGGCUAUGGGAGUCUCAUUUAGACAUGCUUUGUUGAACAAUGCUGGGAAGAGAUUAAAGAAACUGUUGAAGGAUAAUGUGGGUGCAGUGGAUGGUGAAAGAAAGAGGGUUGAUUCCAUGUGGAACCAUGUACAGUUCAAUAAAACAAUGGAGGACCAUACUAAUAUGGUUGACACUAUCCCACAAGAUUGGUCCGUGUGUCAGGUCUCUGUUAUUGAACUUCCCAACUCUACAACACGCCAGAUGUACGCCACAAGGUUCCGCAAGGGUGCAAAACCACUUAUCGUACACCUACAUGGGUUCCAGACAUCACAGGGGCAGAAACUAUUAGAUGCGUUCCAUGAGAUUAUAGCUGAGAGUAAAUCAAGUCUAGGACUCACUGAUAGCAUACAAUGGUGGUCAAAGCGCAGAGGACUGGACGCACAGUUGAAACAACUUGUUCUGGACAUGGAGAAGAUUUGGUUUGGCUGUUGGAGAGGAAUUCUCAAGGGUCAGUUGUGUGAUAAAUCAACACAGAACACAGUGAAUGACACAUUGAACACACUUGUUGAGACCCUGACACAACAUGGGGUCAUUGUGGAUUCAAAUCAACAAUCAAUGCUAGAGAUGCUUCUGGAUUGUGAGACCUCGUACAGCGUGAAUCAACUCCAGGCAAUAUUGAAGCAUAUCUUGGGCUCCAGUCAGUCAGAUGAAUGUGUUCAUGCUGUUAAAGCUGCCAUGGGAGCAAAAUGGGAGACAAAUGGGAAAAGACAACCUGUCGUUCUCAUACUGGAUAGGUUGAUCCAACAUCUACCAUGGGAGUGUAUGCCAUGUUUGAGCACCACACCCGUAACCAGGGUCCCCUCUUUACACUUCUUGUCUGCCCACUUGGCCCACCAGCAGUCCCUAGAGGACAAUGUCUUCCAACGUGGUGUUGACCCAACUGAUACGUUUUAUGUGCUGGACCCUGAGGGCAACCUUGCCAACACUAAGGAGACACUACAGGAAUGGUUCAAAAAGGAGAAGGGCUGGAAUGGUGUUAUAGGGAAACCUCCCACUGCAGAUCAGUUCAAGGAAGGCCUCACCCAGCAUGAUAUGCUUGUAUACUGCGGACAUGGUCACGGGGGAAAGUUCCUGCAAGCUGAUAGCCUUCAACAGAUCAACUGUAAGGCUGCUACCUUUCUCAUGGGCUGUAGCAGUGGCAAACUGGUUGCUUCAGGAUGUUUUGAGGCUCAAGGCAUGGUCCUUAGUUACUUCAUGGCUGGAGCGCCAUCUAUUGUUGCAUGCCUAUGGGACAUCACUGAUAAAGACAUUGACAAGUUCACAGAGGAGUUUAUCAAGUCAUGGAUUGCAGGAAAAUCUGGUGCAAAACUAUUGGACUUCAUAAAUCCCAGUAGGAAAAUCUGCAAGCUUCCUCAUCUUAUAGGAUCUGCACCUGUUGUGUAUGGACUCCCUGUGCAACUAAAAUAGGAUUUGCAGCUGUUGUGUGUGGACUCCUUGUGCAACUAAAAUAGGAUUUGCAGCUGUUGUGUGUGGACUCCCUGUGCAACUAAAAUAGGAUUUGCAGUUGUUGUGUCUGGACUAUCUUAGCAAUUGAAAUGAAAUGGGAUCUGCAGCUGUUGUGUGUGGACUACCUCUGCAACUAAAAUAACAGGGUCUGCAGCUGUUGCAUGUGGACUAUCUUAGCAAUUGAAAUAAAAUGGGAUCUGCAGCUGUUGUGUGUGGA